ACUUUGUUUAUAAUUUUCUUAAUCUAAACAACGCUACUGUUUUGAUUGUCUUCAAUGACACUUGUUCAACCAAAAAAACACCAGAAGCUGGCUAAGCGAGGAAGACCUCGAAAAACUGUCAAGGUAUCAUGCAAAAUUCCUAUCAACAGGGAAAUUGAUAAAAGCAAGCGAGCAACAAAUGAAAGCGUAUAUGAUAAUAAUGAAGUCAAGAAUUGGGUGAUGCAGCGAGCGAAAGACGUUGAAGCUAAUCUACCGCCUAAAUUUCCUAGCAUGAUCAAAUGUAUGCUGCCUUCUCAUGUUGCAGGAGGUUUCUGGCUGGGUCUUCCGAUGAAAUUCUGCGACGACCAUAUGCCAAUACAAGACACAAUGAUUGAUUUGGAGGAUGAGAAUGGAGUGACGUUUCAAGCAAAAUAUCUUGCGGGAAAGGUUGGUCUCAGCGGUGGAUGGAGAGGGUUCUCCAUAGCUCACAAUUUAGUGCAGGGCGAUGUAUUGAUUUUUCAACUUGUGAGGCCUAAUAAAUUCAAGAUCUACAUUGUGAGAGUAAAUGGUUCAGAAGAAGUAGAUGUUUCUCAUGCUGUCUUGCAGUCGGAAGCUUGGCCAAAGGAAGCGAGUCCUGAUCAAUCUGAGAAUGCGUCUGUGACUACUGAAAAAAUAGAACAUCUUGAGUCAGAGCCGGUCUUAAUGUGCGAUCCCGAACUAGACAAUCAGAAGAAUGAUGCGAAGGACAGUUAUACCGACAUUGGGCUCACAUCAGAACAUUCUGAAAAUGAAAGUCAAGAUGUUGGCUUGGAUUUACUUGAUGGAAUCGGAUUAUCUGAAUCUGCUGUUAAUUUUAAGGAAGUGAAAUGUUAUGAGGAUUUUGACAUUCUGAACAAGCGCUUCGAGCUACCCAAAAAGCUUCAAUUUAAGUACUAUAAACUUUGUUGUAGCAAAAGAUCGUUUCUUCAUGAGCAUCUACUGGAGGGCCUUAAUUUAAAGCUAGCAGCAGGUGUAAUUGCGGAGACUAUUGACAUCGCAGACGCCAUCAGAGCUUCCAAGCUUACUACACGACUAAACAGUUUCAUCGCUUGGAAGAAGAAAUUGGACGCCUUAAAGAAAUUGGGAAUGGAGGUUGAUUUCUUGAUUGCGCGGACGGAUCAGCUUAUUGACCUUCUUGUUAAUUCAAGGAGGUACAAGGCGCUUACAAAUAGAAAAGUUGCACUAGAAGAAAGGAUUAGAAGUCUCGAAAUGCAGCUUUUGGAAAUGAAGAAGGAAACUAAUAGAGUUGAUUUUGAGAUUCAGGAGUUGGAGGCGGAGGGGGGGAAUCACGAGCUUAUGUUCCGAGGGGCGGUUGAAGCCCCAUGGUAGCAGACUUAUGUAUAGUUUGUGUAUAGUUUUUGUAGGGGAACAGGAGCUUAUUGUCACUAACGUCUUAGUGCUGCAUGUAUAGUUUUUGUGUUAUAAGUUCUCUGAGUUGUGUAUGACAACAUUGCAACUCUUGCAUAUACUAAUAGUAAUAGAGAUUAGUUACUGUCCUCA